AUGGUAAACUCAUCUAGUAAUCAAGGUGAAUUUAAACAAUCAGAAAAUCUUCCAACUGUACCUUUUCCAGUAGAAAAUAAACAAUUAAAAAGUAAUCAAAUUAACACAUCAGAAUUUGGUUAUAAUAUGGCAAUGGAGAGUGAGAGUUUUGUUAAUAGUAUAUCUGAAAUAUCUAGAAAUCAACGUGCUGGUUGGCUUCGUCAAGGAAAUAAAAUUAUUAGAUUUGCUAGUGUUAGACCAUUUGAUGAGACUUUUUCAACAAAUACAACUCCCUCAAAUAGUUUAGAGAGUGAUGAAGGUCGUGCAUAUGAGUACCCUGAAAGAUUAGAGGAUAGUGGACAAAAUUAUAAUAGUAGUAAUAAUACAAACUAUUAUCAAAAUGGACCAAUUUAUCAACAACCAUUUUCUGAUAAUCGUUUGCCCAUACCCCCAAUUCAACCACCACCUCAUUUUGUAAAUGGAUUUUCACGUCCACAAUUUAAUAAUGUUACAAAUGUACCAGUAAUUCAGCAAACUACGUUUUCCCAACCACAAAUAUUACCUGGACAUUUAAAUUAUCCACCCUUUCCAUCAUUCCCACCAUUUCCACCGUUUCCCCCAUUUCCAUCAUUACAAUACAUCAUGCCACAAGUUGGUAACACUACGUUUCCAACAUUUGUAGGAUAUUCAUGUUACCCAACAACAAUAAUUGAUCAUACUGUUACAAGAAGAAUCUUCAAUCCUCCAUCAAAUCCAAUUAUAACUAUUAAUAGUAAUACAAAUCAUAGCCAUCAACAAUCUCAAUCAUUUUCUCAGGGAUAUCAACAAAAUUCAGGUAUUCCACUUCAUUCACAACAAAAUGUUGAACGUACAAUAAUAUCUACAAAUAUAAAUUCUAAUAAUAAUAAUAAUAACGGUACAAUUUAUAAUAAUAUUCAGGAACACAAUUCAUCAAACAUUAAUAAUUUAUCAUUAAAUGAAAAUGAUAAUAUUCAACGAGAAGAUGAAGUAGUGUCAUCAGGUGACACACAAAUUGAUGUAGAUGAUAACGAAGAGAUUAUUGUCUCAAACAUUUCUCCAAGUAUUAAUGUAUCACAAGAAAAUGUCCCAAAUCAUCGUGAUAUAUAA